UCAAUGAGAAAGCUACGCGGGGUUGGCUGCACGUUGAGGGACGCAACUGUAGAAAUAAGCAGUGACGAGCUCCAAGAAAAACCAUUCCAACUGAUUUGACAAACUAGUUUAGCCGCUAGUUUUCUAACCAUUAGCUGAAAGCAACCUAGUGUAUGUUUUGUUUUACUUCAACGCUGUGUUUUCAUUUUCCUGACGUCCGUGUAAUUCUAGUGGAGUAAAUUAGCGGGUUAAAACGAGGUCGUUGUCAGUCGACAGUUGUCAGUUUUAAAGAUUUAAAGACAGAUUUAAACGAAGAACUGCUUUAUAGCAAACUGAGUCUGAACGAUGGUGUUGCUGAAAAACGUUUCUCCUCCCAGCGAAGGCGUAAGGCAUGAACAAGCCGAAACCACAGCGGUCUUGGACGGCAAGGGACUCGGGACAGGCACGCUCUACGUUGCGGAGACUCGCUUAUCGUGGUUUGAUGGGUCCGGAAUGGGUUUUUCUCUGGAGUACCCGUCCAUCAGUCUCCAUGCCAUCUCGAGGGACCUGAGCGCCUACCCGCAGGAGCACCUGUAUGUGAUGGUGAACGCUAAAUUGAGCGAGGAAUCUGAAAUUCAAGAGAGAGCUGAAGAAGAGCAGGAGGAGGAGGAGGAUGACGACGAUGAAGAUAAAAACAGUGACGAUGACUCAAACCCCAUCACAGAGAUUCGCUUCGUGCCCAGCGAUAAGUCUGCACUGGAGCCCAUGUUCUCUGCCAUGUGCGAAUGCCAGGCCCUGCACCCAGACCCUGAGGAUGAGGAUUCGGACGAUGACUUCGAUGGGGACGAGUACGAUGUUGAGGAAGCCGAACAAAGCCAGGGGGACGUCCCUUCCUUCUACACCUAUGAGGAGGGCUUGUCCCACCUGACUGCGGAGGGCCAGGCCACGCUCGAGCGGCUGGAGGGCAUGCUCGCCCAGUCUGUAGCACAGCAGUACAACAUGGCUGGAGUCAGGACAGACGAAACCUCCGCAGAAUUCGAGGAUGGAAUGGAGGUGGAUUCUGCUUCGACGGUGGCAGGACAGUUUGAGGAUGCUGACGUGGAGCACUGAUGCAGCAGGGUGGUGUCUGCAGCACAUGGAAGCACUCAAAGGGCAGGACGGACAGAGACGGGCAGCAGAUUCCCUCGAAGAGAUCUCAGCCAAGGCACUUGACCAAACCCUUCCCUUUUUCGGCAGCAUUGAACAUUCACCAGCUAAUUGUUCUCUUUGAGAUAAUGUACAAUAAGCCCCCCACA